AAAAAAAAAGAGGUUUUGCAUUUUCCAAAGAUGGACGUUUCGCCGGCGAUAUGCGACCAAAAUGUCCCGGCGGAAAACACGGAGGAGAACGAGGAAGAUGAAGAUUUGUGCCGGAUUUGUCGAUCACCGGAGGAACCAGGAAACCCAUUGAGGUAUCCGUGUUUAUGUCGUGGGUCUAUCAAGUAUGUCCACCAAGAUUGUCUUCGUCUUUGGUUGAAUCGUCGCGGACACAAGAAAUGCGAGGUUUGUGGGCGUAGCUACUCAUUUGUUCCGGUUUAUUCAGAGAAUGCUCCGGAGAGGCUUCCCUUUAACGAAUUUGUGACUGGAGUGUUAUUGAGAGCUGUACGUUACUUGAAAUUGAUUGUUCCUUGGAUUCUUGUGAUUCUCUUCAACACCUACUGCUACUCCUUGCAUCCUUUGGGCCGAGAAUCUGCUGCUGAGUUCCAGAAUGGUUUUUGGAUGUCUCCCAAGUCGGCUUCUUUGUGUGCUGGUCUGCUGUACAACCUUAUGAUCGUGUGUUUUAUGACCACUGUCACUCUUCUUAGGAUGGAGGUAGGAGAUCUCAAUCUCAUGAGAUUUCCUGAUGGGGUUCACGCUGAGAAUCUUCUUCACCUACUAGUACUACAAGGACCUAUUGGUGAAGUUGUCAAAAUCUUAGGGAAAUAUAUGAAGAUCCUUUGUGAUUGGUAUUUUGUGAAAUUCAUCCGUCUCUUCGGCCAACCUCAUGGAUUACUACUAUUUGUUCCUCAAAAUGUGCCACUUCAUGAAUUUGGGGUUAUCCGGAGGCUCCUUUUCUUUAUGGAUGAUGAUGCCUUUGCUGGUCUUGCCAUCAGCGUCUAUGUGCCUAUCCUCUUUGUUCUUCUGCCGUUUUCGAUUGGAUGGAUUGUAAUAGCAACUGUUGGAGGCAGCUACUUACCUGGAAACUCGCCUGUUACUCUUGGUUACAUAAUCAUGCUGUCAACUUCCUUUCCAGCCAUAGUCAGGUGGUUUUCCCUCGGAUUUCACUUCAGAACAGUGAUAUUGCCAUGUCUCUUGUGGGUUUUCUCAGUAGAAGCCUGCAAAAAGCUGUUUUUCAUUAAGGAUUGCUUCGUCUUGUACUUUAAAAUUGGUGUUCUGCCUUGGGUACUUGGAUGUUGGCUUGAAAUCUGCACCUCCCCUUUGUUUGGAACCACAAUGUCCCAGAGGUUUGAGAUUCUUUCACAAUUCCCAGCCAUGAUGAUCAUACGCUGGUGGUCAGGAAUCUUCUGUUUGAUGAUAGCUUUCAGUUACAUAGAACUUAUCCAGGAGAUCAUUCAUAAACGAGCCUAUUGGUAUCUCCUAGAUGUCACAGAUCCAGACUACAAGAUCACCAAACUGAAUCUUGAAUACACUUUCUUUGUGUUUGCGUCUCAUGGGGCCUUGUUGGUGAUUUUGUUUCACUUGCCAAUGAAAGCAAUUACACUUAUCAGCCCAUCAUUUUUCCCUCUUGAGUUAUGGGUCACCGACGAAAUGCCUUUUGUUGGUGUAUACGUAGUUUAUUUCAAUCUACUACCAUCCGUCUCCCAUUGGUUAAUCGAACUAGUUAAACCAGUUUUCCGACUCAUAAUUCACAACUGGCUUAUCACUGUUAGUUCUUGGCUUCAGCUAAGUGAUUUCUUGAUGGUAGUGCCUCCACCAAGAAGGGAGUUCAAUGAUAAUUCAUGGGUUUUAUUGUAUUCCAUAGCUGAGGGCUCUGUGGUCAUUUCGCAUAAUUCUCAGAAUGCUGAAGAAGAUAUUAAAGACCAAAGAGAUGACAGGUUUCUGCCGAGGAUUGCACUGAUGUUGGUGCUAGCUGCUUUGAGCCUGUUCCUCUUUAGUACAGCCUUCAUGGCUUUGCCAAUUUUGUUGGGGAGAGUAUUCUUUGACUCUAUCUCAUUCAUCAGGAUAAGAUUUGGAAUCAAACAUGACGAUUUAUGUGCUUUUUGGAUUGGAUGUCAUAUUCUGCGAAGAAUCUAUAUCAGCACUUGCUUUGUAUCUGAUCAUAUUCAGAAGGGAAGAACGAAUUUGCUUCUCGGAUAUAUCUUGAUACGGACAAGAAAUGGCCUGUUAUUCUCCAUCUGGAUCUCUUUCAUACCGGGAUUGCUUGGUCUACUUAUCGAUCUUAUGAUCAUCAUCCCAUCACGAGUGCCACUAAAUGAAUCAGCGGUUUACUUCUUGAUCCAAGAUUAGUUAAUUGGGGUAGUGGUGCUUCACAUAUGGACCUUUCUG